CCACCCACCGCAACUCAGCCGCAGUCCAUCGCUGAUCGUCGUUCCGUUCGUGUUGCGCGUCGUUGUGUCAGUCAUCAUCAUCAAAAAAAAAAUCCGGUAUCGUUGAGUGGAGCGGUUGCUGCUGCAGUUAUAAGCAUUAAUUUUCUCGUUUUAAACCGAAUCAAUCUUCUCCGUAUAAGAGCAAUAAUUAAAGUAAAUUCGAUAAGCGGGGGCGCGCGUUUGCAUUCCAUUCUUCCAUCGCAUCGUUUCAUUAUCGGAUUGUUUUGUGCGUAGUGUUGUUCAUCAUUACAAGCAGUGGUGAGAGCGAUUAAAAAAAAAAGCAAGCAGCAGCGAAAACAACACCAUCAGAAAAUCGAUUCCAUUGUACUGAGGCUUCGUCUGCUUGCUUUAGCGUAGUGCCAGCGCUCCCCCCUUAGAGAACCCCGUCGUCCCUCGCCCGAUGAUUUGCUGACAAACGCAGUCUUGUUGAGCUUGCUGGGCUGCCGUAAAUCGUUAUACUUACUAUACCGUGGUGGGGACAACAGUGUUUUAUUAUUUUUCGGUGUUUGCUCGCCGGAAGUUAGCUUGCUGUUGCGUAGAGCUGGAAUUCGGAACGUCGGAGGAUCAUCGCCACAGCGGAAGGCAGCCAUAGAAACUGGACAACCUCAGGAGAACGGGCAGCGGCAAGAUGUCGACGGAUUCGGGAAAGACGUUUUCCAACGUGGAAACAUCGGGUUACGUGGGUUUUGCCAAUUUACCCAACCAGGUGCAUAGAAAAUCGGUGAAAAAGGGUUUCGAAUUCACACUGAUGGUAGUCGGUGAAUCGGGACUGGGUAAGUCAACUCUGGUGAACAGUUUGUUCCUCAGUGAUUUGUACCCGGAGCGGGUGGUUCCGGAUGCUGUGGAGAAACAACAUCAGACGGUGAAGCUGGAUGCUUCCACGGUAGAGAUUGAAGAACGGGGUGUAAAGCUGCGUCUGACAGUGGUUGAUACACCUGGGUUUGGCGAUGCCAUCGAUAAUAGUGACAGUUUUAGUGCCAUCCUGGAGUACAUUGACGAACAGUACGAGCGAUUCCUGAGAGACGAAAGUGGACUCAACCGAAGAAACAUCGUUGACAAUAGGAUACAUUGCUGUUUCUACUUCAUUUCACCUUUUGGGCAUGGAUUGAAACCUUUGGACAUUGAGUUCAUGAAGAAGCUCCACUGUAAGGUCAACAUCGUCCCAGUGAUCGCGAAAGCCGAUGUUCUGACCAAAAAGGAGAUCCAACGCCUCAAGUGCCGUAUUCUGCAGGAGAUCGAAGACAACGGGAUCAAAAUCUACCCACUGCCAGAUUGUGAUAGCGAUGAGGAUGAAGAUUACAAGGAACAGGUGCGACAGUUGAAGGAAGCGGUCCCAUUUGCUGUGUGCGGUUCUACGACUCUUUUGGAAGUUAAGGGACGCAAGGUUCGUGGUCGUUUGUACCCAUGGGGCGUAGUUGAAGUGGAAAACCCUGAACAUUGCGAUUUCAUUAAAUUGAGAACGAUGUUGAUAACUCACAUGCAGGAUCUGCAGGAGGUUACCCAAGAGGUGCACUAUGAAAACUACCGCUCAGAACGGUUGGCCAAAUCGGUGCGCAAAAACACAAAUCCAAUUAUCAAGGACGAAAAUGGCACAACCGGUGAGGUACUAACUGAAAAGGAUCGUAUCCUGCGCGAGAAGGAAGAGGAAAUUCGUCGAAUGCAGGAGAAGCUCGCUCAAAUGCAAGCCAAGAUCCAGGCGCAGAAAUAAAGCUUAAAGCAGGCAAAGUGACAAUGGAUGCGGGAAAUUUUAAUCUAGAUCCUUCGAGGAGGUGUGUGUAUUGUCCAAAGCGCGCAGUGUGAUAUUCGGAACCAGUCACUAAAACCCUACAAAAAGACGCUUGGUUGAGCACGUCACACGUCUACGCGCACAACUCCCAUUUGUAGAAUAUUGCAAAACAGUAGGGAAUGUGGAUUAACAUUUUUACAGUUGAUUGUCAUUUUUGCAUUAGUACCGAUAUGGCAUGACACAAAACUCGAAUAUACCACACAAACUUGGAUCGCUCAUCGUUUUUAGAUAUUACGAACAAAUCGCAACUCUUUAAUCGUACAUUCUCGUUUUCCCCACUCAAAAAAAAAAAAAAUGUCCGAUAAACGUCAACGAAAAUAUAAUAAGUACAAAACCCGUCGAGCACAACUAUCCUACGUCAGAAUAUGCUGUUUAUGUGUCUCCCAUCAGGAUCGGCAGCAGCUUGGAAACAAGAAAAAUUGUUUUAGUCAGCUUUGAGUGCCAUCACCCUCGAAAAGAGAACGCUAAAUUCUUCGUUUUGUUAAUAUGCCUAGAAUCUCAUGAGAACAAUCGUAAGAAAUUCACCAAACCCAGAAGAGCAUCGACUUUCAAUGGUAUCGUCUCUCUAUUGAAAAUCUAAAAAAAAAACGCAAAAUACUUUGUGUAAUUCAUAUUAUAUAUGCUUCCUAGUGUUGUUUUGGUUUAUGCGUUUAUAAUUAAGAUUAAAAUAAUCUACGCGGGAUUGAAGCGAGCAAUAAACGAAAGGGAAGGAUCAUUAGAGAUUUUAUUUUUUGAUAGCUUUUUAUUCCCAAUAAGGAAGAGUUGCAACAAAGCAUGUAAUAAUUUCCUGUUUGUAUGUCGUAAUGAACAGUGGACCUUUACGUGAAUAAUACAGAACAUAUUUCAAUCGUUUAGGAACGGAACAAAUCAUCAUUAGUUGAUAGGUGGUACUUAAAUAUUGAAUCAAACGAAUGAUUUCGAACUUGCUUCAUAAAAGUUGAUAGCGAGCUUGUAAUAGAAAAAUUGCAUAACAAGGAAAUCUGAGAACCAAGACAGUUUUUUGUUUCAUGUUUCUUUUUGUAAAUUUCAACACUUAUCCAUAAUAUGCCAUUUUUGUCAACAGAUUAAUCAAAUUAGCCGGGUAGAUGGAGUGAUAAGCCAAGGAACUAUGAAUGAAAUUAAAGAAAAAAUCGGAAUCGCGCCAAUUUAUCUUACGGGGCUGUUGAAUGUCAUCCUACCUUCAAACACGACGAUAAUUCGGGUUUCGUUAUAUUACAUAACAAGGGUAAAGUCACACUGUAAGUAUUAUAACUAAACCAGGUUUUGGUUAUGAAAAUAUCGUGCUUUGGAAAAAGAGUUUCUUCGUAUAUUUUACGACGAAUUGGUGCGAUACCCUUCCAAAAACUAGGACGCCGGAUUUAUUGAAUCAGUAUAUAUACACAUACAUAUGUAUUGAAUUUCUUUAUUAUAACUAUUUUUAUAUUCAACGAAAUAAGCCAAUAUAAAUUAUAAUUUAAGUUAA